CCGUUGGCCUGGUCCGGGUCGGGCCGCUUUCGUCCCCAAACAGCGUCAGAGCUAGCAAGCAGGCAGUGCCGGGCCAGCCACCACCGCGCCGUACCGGCCUCCCCGUGGACCCCGGCACCGCGCGAUGGAGAUCGAGUUGCCCCCCGCCGCCUGGGACAUGAACUUGAUUGACAUCCUUUGGAGGCAAGAUAUAGACCUUGGGGUGAGGCGUGAGGUUUUUGAUUUUAGUCAACGACAGAAAGAGUAUGAACUUGAGAAACAGAAGAAACUUGAAAAGGAAAGACAAGAGCAGCUCCAAAAAGAGCAGGAGAAAGCCUUGCUGGCUCAGCUGGAGUUAGACGAAGAGACGGGUGAAUUCAUUCCUGUUCAGCCAGCUCAGCACAUUCAGCCAGAAAAUACUGAGCAACCAAUCACUUUUUCACAGACUUCAAAACCAGAAGCGGAGGCAUUGUCCUUUGAUGACUGCAUGCAGGUCUUGGCAGAAGCAUUCCCAUUUAUAGAUGACAAUGAGUCUGCUUCAGCUGCAUUUGAGUCACUGGUUCCUGCUCAGAUUGAUAAUGACCCGGUUGUCAUUUCCUCUGAUCCAACUCAGCCACCUGACUCGCUAGUUCCACUCACUGGUGCAGAGAAUAUGCAGAACAUAGAGCAAGUCUGGGAAGAGUUGUUAUCUCUUCCAGAGUUACAGUGUCUUACCACUGAAAAUGAUAACCUGGCUGAGGUGAGCACAAUCACAAGCCCUGAAACCAAGCCAACUCAGAUGCAUAACAGCUAUAAUUACUACAUCUCAUUACCCAUCACGAGGAAAGGUGUUAACUGCAGUCCAGAUUUCCUGGGUAGUAUUGAGGGCCCGUUUUCCAACGUUUUGCCACCAGAAGACACCAGCCAGCCAAGUGUGAACUCUUUAAAUGAUAUGUCCCCUUCAAACUCUGAUUUCUGUGAGGAUUUCUAUACCACCUUUAUUGAUACAAAGGCAAACGGUGACACAGCAGCAACAAACACUAUCAGUCAAUCGCUUGCGGAAAUUCUAAGUGAACCUAUUGAUCUUUCUGACUUCUCACUGUGUAAAGCAUUUAAUGGCAACCACUCAGGAGCUGUACCAGAAUGUAAUGAUUCUGACUCUGGCAUUUCAUUGAAUGCAAAUUCUAGUGUUGCAUCACCUGUACACUCUGUUGAAUCAUCUGCCUAUGGAGAUAAGACUUUUGGUUGUAGUGAUUCUGACGUGGAAGACAUGGAUAGUGCUCCUGGAAGCGUGCCACAGAGCAAUAUGAGCUUGUACUCUUUGCAGCUCCAGGAUCAAGUGUUUCCUUCUGUGGGGCCAAGCACUCGAACACCUAGCUUGUGGUGUACAAACACACCAAAGAAAGAACCUCCUGCUGGUCCAGGCCACCCCAAGGCUCCAUUCUCAAAAGAUAAACCUUCAAGCCGCCUUGAAGCUCAUCUCACAAGAGAUGAGCAAAGAGCAAAAGCUCUGCAAAUUCAUUUUCCUGUUGAAAAAAUCAUCAAUCUCCCUGUUGAUGACUUCAAUGAAAUGAUGUCUAAGGAGCAGUUCAAUGAAGCCCAGCUUGCACUUAUUCGAGAUAUACGCAGGAGAGGCAAGAACAAAGUGGCUGCCCAAAACUGCCGUAAAAGAAAACUGGAAAAUAUAGUGGAACUGGAGCAAGACUUGAGUAAUCUAAAAGAUGAGAGAGAGAAAUUGCUUAAGGAAAAAGGAGAGCAUGACAAAAACCUUCGUGAGAUGAAAAAGCAACUAACCACCUUAUACCUUGAGGUCUUCAGCAUGCUACGUGACGAAGAUGGAAAGUCUUACUCUCCCAGUGAAUAUUCACUGCAGCAAACUAGAGAUGGCAAUGUCUUUCUUGUUCCUAAAAGCAAGAAGACAGAGACUAAACUUUGAAGAGCAGCACAGCUGGCUACUGUUCUUCAAGUUGCUAUUUUUGUAUCGUGAUCCUGAUAGUUUUUACUGUGAGGUGGAAUGCAGGAUUAGGUAAUAUUUUUCAAGUAAUUCUAUGCAAUUAUGAUUUUAGUUUAUGGAAGAUGCAAGUUUAAAACUAAUUGUGUAAUAAAGAUGAACAUAUGCAGAAUUUGUAAUCUCACUUUGAUAACAGACAUUUCUUUCUUAUGGCACCACUUUGACUG